GUGGAUAGUGAGGGGUCCCUCACGCCUGGAGCGGAGGGUCUGUGUCAAGAGCGGCGGGGGCUGCAGGAGGCAAGAGAGACGGAUGCCUGGCCACCAUGGGGUGCAGGUUGGCUAGAGUCACAGGCUCAUUGAAGACUGAGGUAUAAACAUUGGAUCCAGAACUGCUGAUUGAUAGAGGCUGGCACUGCCUUCUGCACGAUGGCUGAGGUGGCUGAGGUGGCCGAGAUGCCAACACAGGUGUCACCAGGGGCAGUGGAGAUGUCCACACCGAUGUUAGGGGAGAAGACAGAGAGGUCAGCAGAGGUGACUGAGAUGGCACCAGGGGAGGCCCUUGCCUCCUCCCUCUUCUUCCAGUUCAUGUGCUCUGAGUGUGGCAGCCUCUACAACACCCUGGAGGAAGUCCUCUCCCACCAGGAGCAGCAUGUGCCCACUGUCAUGGAGGAGGAGGCGCUGACCUCCCAGGACACCUGCCUGGAGCCAGAGCUGGUGCCAGGCCCUGAGGAUGGGCCUUUCCAGUGUGCUGAGUGCAGCCAGCUCAUCCUUUCCCCCAGUGAGCUCUUGGCCCAUCAGGACGCCCACCUGCAGGAAUCUGCAAGCCAGAUCCAGUACCAGUGUGGAGACUGCCAGGAGCUGUUUCCCUCGCCGGAGCUGUGGGUGGCUCACCGCAAGGCCCAGCACCUUUCUGCCGCAGCAGCUAAACCUCCAAUGCCUCUUCCUCUGCCUCCCCUCACACCACCGCCUCCAUCCCCUGCUCCACCCGAAGUCAAGAUGGAGCCUUAUGAGUGUCCUGAGUGCUCUACCCUCUGUACCAGCCCUGAGGAGUUCUUAGAGCAUCAAGGCACCCACUUUGACUCCCUCGAGAAAGAGGAGCGCAAUGGGCUAGAGGAGGAAGAGGAGGAGGAGGAAGAUGAUGAUGAAGAGACAGAGGAUGAAGAAGAGGCAGCAGCAGAAGUUGGCGACAAUGCUAUGGAAGGUGACAAGUCCGUAGCCAGCCAGGCCCAGGGCUGUGGGGAUUGUCCCCAACACUGGACUUCAGCAGGGGCACGUCGACGACACCGGCGCACAUCCCGGGGCCCAGCAUCAGCGGCUCACCCCUUCCACUGCAGCCAGUGCCAGCGCAGCUUCAGCUCCGCAAACCGGCUUUUGGCUCAUGGGCGGGCCCAUGUUGGUGGCACACACGAGUGUACGACCUGCUCCAAGGUCUUCAAGAAAGCAGCCUCCCUGGAGCAGCACCUGCGGCUACACCGCGGCGAAGCCCGCUACCUCUGCGUGGACUGCGGCCGCGGCUUCGGCACAGAACUCACAUUGGUGGCCCACAGGCGGGCCCACACUGCCAACCCACUGCAUCGCUGCCGCUGCGGCAAAACGUUCAGCAACAUGACCAAGUUCCUCUACCACCGACGCACUCACGCUGGCAAGAGCGGGGCGCCUCCCGGGGCAGCGGCAGCGGCGGUGACCUCCCCAGCUCCAGCUGAGCCCAGCCCCCUGCCCCCACCCCCUGCUCCACCCGCCCAGCUGCCCUGCCCACAGUGCUCCAAGUCCUUCGCAACGGCCUCCCGGCUCUCUCGACACCGGCGCGCGGUCCACGGGCCACCAGAGCGACGGCACCGCUGUGGCGUUUGCGGUAAGGGCUUCAAGAAGCUGGUCCAUGUGCGCAACCACCUGCGGACACACACAGGCGAGAGGCCCUUCCAGUGCCACUCCUGUGGCAAGACUUUUGCUUCCCUGGCCAACCUCAGCCGCCACCAACUGACCCACACGGGCGUGCGUCCCUACCAGUGCCUGGACUGUGGCAAGCGCUUCACACAGAGCUCCAACCUGCAGCAGCACCGGAGGCUGCACCUGCGGCCCGUCGCCUUUGCCCGUGCGCCCCGCCUCCCCAUCACCGGUCUCUACAACAAGAGCCCCUACUACUGCGGGACCUGCGGCCGCUGGUUCCGUGCCAUGGCGGGCCUGCGACUGCAUCAGCGGGUCCAUGCCCAGGCCCGGACGGUGACACUGCAGCCUCCCAGAUCACCUCCUCCUGCCCCACCCCCCCCCCCACCCCCCGAGCCUCAGCAGACUAUCAUGUGCACGGAGCUCGGGGAAACCAUCGCCAUCAUCGAGACAUCCCAGCCUCUGGCUCUUGUGGACACACUGCAGCUGUGCCAGGCAGCACUGGGGGCCACUGAAGCGAGUGGGCUCUUGCAGUUGGACACGGCCUUUGUGUGACACAGUUGAAGAGCAACAAUAAAAAAGUUUGGUUGCAAAAGCGAGUGUGCACACCUCUGUGAAGAAAGAGGACCACCCCCUGGUGAGCCACUCUGGCACCCAUUAGGUGCCGGCAUCCACCGUGGCCUCUCACCCACUGACUCCUCAGAACAACCCGACCAGGUGUCACCUUUCCCUGCCCAAGGGGACACUGAAGCUCUGAGACAUGAUGUGAUCUGUCCCAGGUCACUUCACUGCAUUGCAAAGCGGGGUUCUCCAAGGCUCUUGGCUCUGCAUCACCCUGGUGCCCAGCAACAUCAGGUAACCUUUCCUGAGCCCCAACCAUGUGCCAAGUCUGUGCUGGGCACUGUCACAUACCUCUUCAGGUCCUCUGCUUGUCCCACCCCGACCCUAGCCUUCCCUGGACUCAGGACUUGGUUCUGCCUGGUGGAAGAAGGCAUUUGACUUCUCUGGGCUUCCUUAACUUCACUUUGACAGCAUGGAGGGAAAUCUGUAGGUACCCUGGUACUCGGCUGCCGACUGGGUGAUACUGGAGACCUGGGAAUGAGUCAGACACAGGCUCUGCCCCAGAAGCCACACAGUGUGGUCAGUGGAACACACACAAGUAUAGAUGGCCUUGCUUUGUGA